AUGCUUCACCAGCGAAUCCGUCUCCCAGCUGGCGAUGUACUCAUCCACUGUGGUGACUUCAGUAACGACGGGACCGAAAAGGAGUGCGCAGACUUUUGUCGAUGGGUGGCUGCUCAGCCCUUCAAAUACAAGCUGCUUGUCUGUGGCAACCACGACCUCCCAUGCGAUGGCAAUUGGUACCAAGAGCACUGGAAGGAGUGGCACGAAAGUUUUCAGUCGCCGGGGAGAGUAGCAGACAUGCUGGAAGAGGCAGGAAUCACUGUCAUGAGCUCAGGAUAUUCUCUUCGGAUCGAUGGCAUUUGCUUUUAUGGCAGCCCUUUGCAGCCACGGCAGCCAAAGACUCGGCGCCCGAUGGCAUUUGGAAAGAGGCGUGGCAUCGAGCUGAAAGAGGAGUGGGCAAAGAUCCCGACCGGUGUUGACGUGCUUCUCACCCAUACCCCACCAGCAAAUAUCUUGGACGCCUCCGACCACGCCGGCCGGCAAGGUCGGUCCAUCGGCUGUGAAGAGUUGGCCAAAGCCGUCAGCCAAAGGACAGAUCUGUCUGUCCACGUUUUCGGCCACGUUCAUGGAGGCUAUGGCGUUCACCGCACAAGGAAGACAUGCUUCAUCAAUGCGGCUUCGGCUGCAGCACCCCGAGGUGAGGAUGGGCUUCUCAACGCGCCAAUCGUUUUCGACAUCAGCAGAAGGAGUUCCAACCCGGCUAACUAG